AUGGACGCACUGCCUGCCGUGCUGCUGCUGCAGGUGCUGGAGUUCCUGGACCACGAGGCGCUGCAUGCGGCCGAGCAGAGUUCGCACGCUAUUCUGGCGCUCACGCGCGAGCACGAGCUGUGGAGGGCGCUGGUAGAGCCCCAUGUGGCCUGCAGUGAGGCGCUGGGCCGCGCGGAGCUGUGGAAGAAGAUGGCGUGUCUGGCGCAGCGCCCCGCGACCGACGACACGCAGCUGCUGGGCGGCGUGGAGGCCUUCUCGUCCGCGGACCGGCCCAGCGAGUCGCCCGUGAACACGCUCACGUCCUCGCGCUGCUGGAUGGAGCUGCACCAGUUGCAGACGACGGAGAGAGAGACACAGCAGCUGCAGGAAGAGCUAGAGCAGGACCAGGAGCGAGCGACGCUGGGCGAGCGCAUCCAGCACCGCUGCGGCUGCUCGUCGGGCCACUCGUGCUACUGGAGCAGCUCGGCGUCCACGGACCAGGACGCGACCGAGUUCAUCGACUACGCGCUGAACGGCCCGUGCGUCGUGAACGCCGUGCAGAUCGUCCCGUACCGAGUGUUCUGGCACCCAGGCAGCCCCACGUACGCGCCCAAAAGAGUUCGGUUCGAGUUCUUUGACGUUGACGACUUGGCGACAAUGCAGCAAGCACGAAGGAGCCGUGCGCUGGCGAUGCGGCCGACUGCGAUCAAGCCGUUUUACGCCUCGCACGACUACGAGAUGCAGAAUGACAUGACGCUGCAGGAGUUCGUGCUGCCGCAAAAGGUGGCGGCCAGCAAGAAAACGGUGCUGCGGAUCACGCUCAUCGGGCGGCACCAGGCGCAGACCUUCGAGCUCCCGCAAACCCUUCUCGACGCAGAAGAAGACCGACGACCUAAAUACUACUGCUGUCUGAGCUACGUGAACGUAUGCGGCGUACCAUGGAAACCCGUGCAGUCCUCACGAGAGACCGACACUGUCGCUGCGCGGCCGUACAGUAUGAGUCCCAACCUGCGCAUGGCGGCUCUGACGGGGCUGGCAGUGUACAUGACUGCCUGCUACGAAGGGUUCAUCGGCCGCACCCGACGAUGGGAGUGA